GCGCCGCAGGAGAGAGGCAGAGCAGAGAGUGUGGAGGAGAAGACGCGAAGCCUCAUCUCUGCCUGGAGAUGAAAGAUACUUUUAUCAAACACUGAACAAUCGGAUUUAUCUCGGUGCCGCUAUGUAUUUUGGUAAUGUGUGUCACAGCGCGCUGCCGCCGCUGGCCCGUCCCACGCUGAGCAGGACCCAGGCCUCCCCCGACCCAAAGCCCCUCCUCCCCUUCCACCUGUUGCCUGGAUUCACUGACAUGGAUCACGUCCAUAAAGCUCUGAUGGGCCCAGGCUUCAGCCUAACCUCACCGCUGAAGAGGAAGCCCAGUUCCUGUGGAGUCUGUCGACUGAGGUUCAAUUCCGAGGUGCAGGCUUCCUCUCAUUAUAGUGGCACCAAACAUGCGAAAAGGCUGAAAGCUCUGGACGCCCCAGAUUCAAAGAUCAGGACCUCUGAACCAGUCGCCAAGGAAACCACAUCGCAAAUCCUCUUGUCACCCUGCUCACAGCCCUCCAGCUCCGACACGGCAUCAGGAGAACCCUCAGCACCUAACCCUACCUCUGCAGUGGCACCAUCAAGCGGCGGCCCCACUGAAACUGUGAAAGCGCCGUCUGAAACCUCCCUCUCACCCAGCUCGAGGUCAACAGACAAAGAGACACAAAGAGAUGGAGACAUGGAGGUUGCUCCAGAAGAGGAGACGGAAGAAGAGAAAGCCAUACGUCUUCUCUACUGCUCCCUCUGCAAGGUGGCCGUCAACUCAGCCUCGCAGCUGCAGGCUCACAACAGUGGCACAAAACACAAGACAAUGCUCGAGGCUAGGAGCGGUGAUGGAGCCAUCAAGUCCUUCCCGAGGACGGGGGUGAAGGCCAAGUUGGCUAUGCCGGCUGAGCCGUCAACUGGACUCCAGAAUAAAACUUUCCACUGUGAGAUCUGCGAUGUGCAUGUCAACUCCGAGACUCAGCUCAAACAGCACAUCAGCAGUAGGAGACACAAGGAUAGAGCAGCAGGUAAACCAGCCAAGCCUAAGUUCAGCCCAUACACUCCCACCCAGCGUCACCAGAGUUUCCAGGCAAUUCGGCUGGCUCUACGGAAGAACCAAGACCUGACCAAACCUCUGGCCUCGUGUCUCCUACAGCGUCAGCUUUCCAUUGCCGCCGCCAUGGCCACGCUGCCCCCCUUCCCUCUCCGGCCUGCCUCAAACUCGAGCCCUGCCCUGUUUCAGAGUCAGCCCCUUCCCCAGGCACUGCUGCAUCCAGCCCCUGGACCCAUCUGUUCAACACACACACCAGUCCUGUUCUCUCCCUACUGACCCAGUCGACGUCUUAAAUCAGUUCUGAACUACAGGUAAAAGCAGACCUGGGACCUGCACAAGAUGUGAUAUAAGACAGUGUUUGCUGUACUCCACAUACCAACAGAUCCUCUGUGUGUCAUGGACCAGGACUGAAGACUAUUUACUAGGGCCAGAACCAUAUGACAGGUUUGGACGGAGGGAGUACAAAGAGGCAAAUGAGCGAAAACAGUAUUUUCUGAUGUGAGCGUGUGUGUGUGAAUGUGUGUGAGUGCACGCACAGAUGUAGCCAUCACAGGAGAACAACUUUUUACAGUGUUUUUGCUCUAUUCCAUGAACUUUUAUAGAUUUACAGAUAAUCUGUAUAACAUCCAAGAAAGUCCCUCUUUAAACAGACUUUGCAGUUUAGUUCAAUAUAGAUUUAAGAAAGAUGCAGAGUGGUGAACUUCCAUGAUUAUAACUGUGUGUGUGUGUGUGUGUGUGUGUGUGUGUGUGUGUGUGUGUGUGUGUGUGUGUGUGUGUGUGUGUGUGUGUGUGUGUGUGUGUGUGUGUGUGUGUGUGUGCAGAUAUGCCUAUAUGAAUGAAUGUAUGAAUGCCAAUCAGAGCAUGCUUGACUCAAGAAGUUUAUUAUUUUCCAAUAAACAAUAGCUGUGAAUACUCCCAGUGGAUUCUGGAAAAUUCUUUCUUACUUUUAGGAGCCUGAUUGCAGCCUCAUGGGGAUAUUAAUGAAAAUGUCUCCAAACACUAAUUUAAUGCUUCAAAACAUGAAUUUUGUUAAAUAAAUGAGUGCAGUAGCAUUCCAGCAUAACAUUGAUCAGUUUGAGGGAUGGAUCCUUGUUACAACAGACUCAUUAAAUGAAACGCAAUGGAAGAACAAAUGUCUAUCUUAGUCCUUUUAGCUCCUUGUGUUCGUGUUCACCCAGACAUGUAGACGUGCCAAGAUGCAGUCAGGCAUCGUCUCCUCCAAAACCCAUAACUCUCUGAAUUCAGACUCUGACUUAAGCCCAUUUCAUCCUCCUUUGCUACUUAGCGGCACGCAAAAACAUUGCAUGCAUUCAGGUUUUUGCCUAAAAACAUAAUGAAAAAGACACAUCCAUAGCCUUUAUUUGGCUUCAGGAAACUUUGAAGGUGUUUUUUUCCCA